AUGUCCUUCGCGGAGAUGCGGAAGAAGUUCCCGAAGCAGCCGGGGGAGACGAACACCCAGCACCGCCUGCGAGCCUUCAAAGCUCGGGUGCUGGUGGGGGAGUCCGCGGCGCGGGCCAAACUCGGUUUACCGAGGGCGGAGAUCCCCCCGCUGGCCACCGCGCUGCAGUGCUGGUCCGACGAGCUCUCCUUCGGCUUCGGCAAGAGCAUCGUCGCGGUCGACCUGGCGGCGCGGCUGGUGGCAGCAGUACGACGCCACCCAGGCAGCCUUGGCAACUUCGCUCGGUCGUUCAGCAUGCGUGCGGAGACAUUUUGUGGGAGCGGAGGGUCGUCGAACAGGAGGGUUCGGGACGCCCUGCCGCUUCCCCUUCCGUCGACCGAGGAGGUGGACCGCUGGCUGGCCCACAGUGCCUUGCCCAGGGCGCGCAAGUGCCGCCGCCGCGCCGUGGCGCGGGAGGUCAGCGAGCAGGCGUGGCUGCACCUCAGCGCGGUGGCGCUCAACUACGCGUUCUGCGGCCGCGCGCAGGAAGGCUGGCGCCACAGGCCGACCCUGUCGAAGGCGCAGACGCAGGUCUACGUGCACUUGAAGAGCCGUGCGGCGGCCCUGGCGGAGGACCCGCUGGCCAUGGUCGCGGCCCCUGCGAUCGACGAGCUGGCGGGCGGCUGCGGGUCAGCGUACGAGGGCGAGUCGGGCGUGAAGGCCCUCCCCUGCCGGCUCUGCGAGCUGGCCCCUGGCCUGCCCGCGCGGGAGUGCGCUGCCACGCUCGACGCGGUCGACUUCGUGGACGACGAGGUCGGCGCCUGGCUGCGCCGCCCCGAGCUGGCGCUCCUCGACCAGUCCGACUGGCCCGACCCGCUGCCGCGGGCCCGCGUGAACGUGGAGACGGAGGCGGACUGGGAGGAGCUGGCGCUGCACCUCGUGUCGCUCGGCAUCUUCACCACGCUCGCGGAGAGCGAGCUGGUCCGCGUGAGGGGCGAGCCCGUGCUGAACGGCCUGUUCGCGGUGGAGAAGAAGGGCACUCCAGCGCCUGGCGCCACGCGGGUCACCAGGCCCAUCCUCAACAUGGUGCCAGGCAACUCGCUCCUGAAGGCCCACGUGGGCGAGGCGGCGCUGCUUGCGGCCUCGACGUCGUGGACGUCGGUCGUGAUCCCCGAGGGGGAGCUGCUGCUGUGGUCGGGCGACGACCAGAAGGGGGCCUUCUUCGCGUGGCGGGCCCCGCCCGCGUGGCACCCCUACAUGGCCGUGGGGCGGCCGCUCGCGGGCAAGCUGUUUGGCCGCUCGGAGCCCGUCGUCUAUGUGACCUCGGCUGUCAUCGCCAUGGGCUGGUCGCUCGCGGUGCCCGUUUUCCAGCACAUCCACCGACGGCUGUGCCGCCUGGCGCCGCCCCUCGGGGCGGGGCUUCCCCCGGAUGGGGAGUGGCGCAAGGAUUGCGCGCGGCCCCUGGUCGAGGCAGGCAGCGGCCAGGACGCUGGCUGGUGGCAGGUCUACAUCGACGACUUCGAUGCGCCGGAGAUCGUCGAGGAGGUUUUGGCCCGCAAGCUCGUGGGGACCCCGAGCGACCUCCAGCUGCAGGUCCGCGCCAGCUACGAGAGGGCGAGCGUCUCCUUCUCGGCCGAGAAGGCGCACUGCAGGCAGCUGAGGGUCGAGCGCAUGGGCGCGGACGUCGACGGCGUCAGCGGGCGCCUCGCGGUCCCCGCCUCCAAGGCGCUGGCCACUGCGGGCCUCUGCUUGGCCGCGGUGCAGCGGCGCCUGGUCCCGUGGCGCGUUGCCAUGGCGGCCCUCGGCAAGCUCGUGAGGGCCUUCGAGUUCAGGCGGCCGCUCUUCGGGGUCCUGAACUCCGUCUGGACGCUGGCUGCGUCCUCAGCGCAGGGGGCUGUCCUGGACGCGGAGAUGGUGGAGGAGCUCCUCAUGGGCGUGAUGGUCCUGCCGCUGGCCGCCUCCUCGCUGCGGGCGCGCAUCGACGGCGUGGUCACGUCCUCGGACGCGUCGGAGAUGGGCGGCGGCGUGUGCGCGUCAGCCGGCCUGCGCGAGGAUGUCGCCGCCGCCGUGCAGGUGCCGAGGACGGUCCCCGACCAGCUGGGGAUGGGGGCCAGGCUCCUCAACAUGCCCGAGGACCCCGCCCGACCGUGGGCGGCAGCCAACCCACGCGUCCCCGCCAGGGCAGUCCGCAGGGUGUUGUCGGUGCUGCUCAUCGGCCUGUUCGACGGCAUCGGAGGCCUCGCCGUCGCCUUCUCGAGGCUGCCCGUCCGCAUCGCAGCCUGCGUCGCGGCCGAGACGGACGCCAAGGCGAGGCGCGUUGUCAGGCUCCGCUGGCCAGGUGUCAUCGACUGGGGCGACGUCACCCGCGUGGGCAGCGAGACGGUGCGGGACCUGUUCGAGGCGUUCGGCGGCCUCGUCGACCUGGUGGUGGUCGCUGCGGGCAGCCCCUGCCAGGACCUGUCACGCCUCAACGUCGGCGGGCGCGGCCUCAGCGGCAGGAAGUCAUCGCUGUUCCACGAGGUGCCGCGUAUCCUGGCUGUCCUCGCCGCCGUCUUCAGGGACAGGCUCGUUUGGUUCGUGGAGAACGUGGCCAGCAUGUCCGACGUCAACGUGGAGCUGAUCUCGGAGGCGCUGCGGGUGAGGCCGACGCUGGUGUGCUCGUCGGUGUUCGUGCCGUGCCGCAGGCCGCGCCUGUUCUGGACGAGCUGGGGCGUCACCGCAUCGGCGCCUCUUCGGCUGGCCGACCGCGGGGUCUACGACGAGCUCGUGGGCCCUGGCGUCCCGCUCAUGGACCUCGCGUGGGAGGACGAGGGCUGCUCUUGGUCAGGGAGACCGAGGUGCUUCCCCACGCUCGUCUGCUGCAGGCCCCAGCCCUCCUUCCCCUCAGCCCCGCGUGGCUUCGCGGCUGCAUCGGAGGCGGCCCGUCAAAGGUGGGCUGCGGACGGGCACAGGUAUCAUGUGGCCUUGUACGAGGACAAAAACAUGAUCUGCACCUCCUCGUUCCCUUUCCUGCGCCUCCCCACCAGCGAGGAGAGGGAGCGGCUCCUUGGCUUCGAUGUGGGGCACACCUCCCUAGCCACCAAGGGCUCGAACCCUCGGGGCGCCUCCGACGCCGGGGCCUUCCUCCUCGGCAACAGCUUCAGUAUUCACGUCGUGGCAUGGUUGUGCCAGCAGCUCCUGCACCGCCGCGGCGCGCUGAACAGGGAUCUGUCGAUAGAAGAGGUGCCCCCCGUCCGCGAGUGCCGAGCGACGUGGGACCAGGCGGGGGCCUUCGUCGCGGAGCCAGGGGAGCCGGACACCGCGGAGGCGAGGCAGCUGGUCCUGCACUACCUCAGCCGCGCGGAGAAGGGCGGGUCGGACGUCAGGAUGGACUACGGCGUCCCCUACCGCCCGCGGGGUUGGCCGAGGACGAGCCUGGACCCGUUCGUGUGGAAGUGGCGCGUGGUGGUCAGCAUGGCGUGGCCCGGCCGGAGCUCCGCCCACAUAAACGUGAGAGAGUUGCAGGCGGCCACGUCGGCGAUCAGGUGGCGCGCCCGCAAGGUCGCGCAGCACGGGGGCAGGAUCUUGCACCUCGUCGACAGCCAGGUGGUCGCGGCCAUCGUGACGAAGGGCCGCAGCAGCAGCAGGAAGCUCCAGCCCAUCCUGAAGCGCUGGAUGGCCGUCGUCGUGGCGGCCGACAUGUACCCACUGACCGGCUACGUGGUCUCGGAGGACAACCCUGCGGACGAGCCGGUGUCGGCGGAGACGCGGCGGCGCUACGGGCGGGCCCUGCGGGCCCUGCUGGCCCACUUCGGAGCCGAGCAGGCGGGGGCGGACGCCUUGCGCGGCGACCCCGAGGACGCCGACGCCCUCGUCGCGGAGUACCUCGAGGGCCUGUGGGCCUCUGGCGCGGGCAUCGCGGCCGCCAACAACACGCUGGCAGGGGUGUGCUUCGCGGCGCCUCGUCUGAGGCGACGCCUUGACCUGAGCUGGACUCUCCUCAAGGCAUGGAGGCAUCGUGAGCCAGCGUCCAGGGUGCUGCCGCUCACGACCGAGGCCGUCGCGGCCAUGGCGGGGUUCGCGUGCGCUGCAGGCGCUUUCGACGUGGCCGCCCUCCUUCUCGUCGGCUUCGAGGGCAUGCUCCGAGGCGCGGAGGUGUUUGCCCUGACGGUGGGCGACAUCGUCGACCGCGGCGAGCUGUUCGUGGUCCGGAUCAGCUCGUCCAAGACCACGGCUGGCAAGGACUGCGCGGAGGCAGUCGUCAUCCGCAGCAGGAUGGCCGCGGCGUUCCUGCGGAUUGCAGUCCGCGGCCUUGGUGCAGGCGCGCGGCUCUCAUGGAGGACGCCGUCCCAGCUGCGUGGUGCCCUCCGCGCCUUGGCGAGGGGCCUGGGCCUGGCGGGGCCCAUCACGUGGCACAGCCUGCGGCGUGGCGGGGCGAGCGCCUUCUUCGUCAGGAGCGGCUCCAUGGAGGCGACCCUCGUGGCGGGUCGGUGGGCCUCCUCCGCCACCGCGCGCCUGUACAUCGAGGGCGCGGUGGCCGACUCAGUGCGCGCCCAGCCCGGGAGCGAGGCAGCCCGCGCCGUUGCGCGAGGACUGCGGCUCCUGCAGCUGGCCACUUAA